AUGGCGCUACCGGUGGUGCAGAGCCUGCAACAGUGUGCCGACUACAAUAUUACAGUUGCGCCGUUCCUUUACCAGUUUGCAACUCUACCGGAGACCUUCUUCUCCUCGGUCAGCAAUUCUGCCGCUUUGAAACAACUGUAUCUAGACACGAACCCUCUUAUCACCUCUGUCGCCUUCGCCUUUGCCUUGGCUCCGGUGUUCUUGAUCGUAUCGGAGGUCAACAAGAACUAUUCACAGGUAGACCGCGUCUGGUCAAUCUUGCCGACUAUUUACAACCUGCAUUACGCUGUGUACUCUCACCUGGCACGCGUGCAUACUGCACGACUGGAUGCUUUGUUUGUUGUUAGCACCCUAUGGAGCUGCCGUUUAACAUACAACUAUUUUCGCAAAGGAGGCUACUCAAUCGGAAGCGAGGAUUAUCGUUGGGCCAUCGUCAAGGAAUAUGUUGGACCUGCCUUGAUGUUCCUCUUCAAUGUGGUCUUCAUUUCGCUUGCUCAGUCACUGUUGCUUGUUAGCGUCACAACGCCCGCAUACCUUAUCUUGCUCACCGAACGACUGGCGACUUAUGACGGGCCCAUCAAGUCAUGGACUUUGGUGGAUACCGCUGCAUCUGGGGCAAUGCUGAUGCUCAUCGCGAUUUCAUUCGUUGCCGAUCAACAGCAAUGGGAUUAUCAUCAGGCCAAGGCACAGUAUCAGAAAACAGCCAGAGUACCUCAUGGCUGGCGGCGGGCAGACUUGGACCGCGGUUUUCUCACAAACGGGCUGUUUGCCUAUUCCCGGCAUCCUAAUUUUGCAGCAGAACAAGGUGUCUGGGUUACACUCUAUCUGUGGUCGUGUCUGGCUACAGAAACAGUGUACAACUGGAGUGGGCUCGGAGCGGCAGCCUACCUGCUGCUUUUUCAGUCAAGUACCUGGCUGACCGAACUGUUGUCUGCGCGGAAGUACCCGGAAUACAAAGACUACCAGGCACAAGUUGGGAAGUUCUUGCCUAUACCUGGUUAUGCACACCCGACUUUCCAUCACCACCAGACGCAGCAUGCAAAUGGCUCCGCAGCAAAGGAGGAGGAUGCGGCGAAUGCGAGGCAGAGAUAUGACUUGAGAUGA